CUGGGAAAACCCCGAUGAGAAACAGUUUCAGGCAUGCACAAUACUAACUACCGAUUACCGACAAGUCUGGAGGUACGCCGAGUGCAAAUGCGGAAGUAAACCCCUGGUUGGACGUAUUAGUGAAACAUGUCAUCAGUCAACCAUCAAAUCUCCACAGUGUGUUUAUCAUGAAAUGCGAGAAGUGUGGUGUGGCUAAACUCUCCAACGAGUUUCCGCCGUGGACCCUGACGGAGUCCUGCAAACACGCUGCCUUGCACUGUCUCCGGUGUGUUACAGAUCACGCUGAAGAACACGGCAAGUGCUCCCAAUGUGAGAAUCCAGUGAGCAAAGACGCCAAGCGGCUUCAACGAUGCUACGAGCAACUCAAUGUGUUGUUUCCCGAGUACGAGCCGACGUCCGCCCCUCAGACCGACACGCCGACUGGUGAGACGGGCUACGUGAGUGUGGCCAUGCUCAAUGGCGACAGCACCAGUGUGGAGCUCAAGCCGACCAUGACUGUGGCGAGGUUGAGAGAGAUUGUCAGGAAAGAUCUUGGGGUGCCACCCCAGAGUCAACAGCUAAUUUACAAUGGCACAGAGAUGAAGGAGUUUACAGAUGACAAAGCGGCCGCAACUCUCCGCCACUACAAGGUAGUGCCGGCUACGACCGUCUACGUCAGGCGCCUCCUGUACGCAGCCCCGGACAACAACCUCAACAAAGUGGUGUUCGACCUCCACUGGGGAUACCCGUCCACCGGAAGGGACUACCUGGACGCCACGGCCAUCAUCUUCAGCGGCACUGAACUCGUCGACUACCUGGAUUACCGGAAGCUGUCGCACGAGUCUCUGCGACACUCCGGCGACGAGAUGAACAGCGUGACAAGAACAGGCCACCACCUGAUGAACGUGGACCUGCACCAAGUCCCCAGCACCUUCACGCACAUUUUCUUCACGCUGAGCUCGUGGCAGUCGCCGACCAUUGCCAAGUUUCCAAACCCGAGUUUGCGGUUCUACGAAGAGUCUGACCCGAACACCAUGCUCUGUGAGGACACCAUCACCAAGACCAACCAGUCCCAAGCCAUCGUGAUGUGUUGGCUGUCUAGAAAUAAAGGGAAAUGGUGUGUGUAUAGUGCCGGCAAGGCCUCGGCUGGGAACUCCGAGGACUACAAACCGCUGUAUGCAACAAUUACAGAUAUCAUCGCAAAUGGAUUGUAGGAACGAAUUACAGACUGCCUGUAAUGAAACACGGAGAUGAUCGAUGUACCAGUUUAAGCCAUCCAAGUAAUUCAUGGCCGAGACAUUUUGGGUUCGAAUGAAAUUGAAAUGAUAUUUACAUUAGCUUUCUUUCUCUGGUUGGUUAGAAAAGUAUUAAUUGAUUUUUGUCUGUUCUGUUUUUGUGUUAUAUAUUUAUAAUGAUUAACAAGUGUGAAGUGAGGACACUUGCAGAUUUUUUUUUUUCGAAGUUGAAGGUCCGAAGCCAGCCAGAUGUGAGGCGUGGGUCCUUCUUAGUUACAAAAAAGUGGACCCUAUUAUUUACUAAGAAGCCUAUAAUUAAUGCCGCAACUGCUAUAAGAAUCUAAAUGGGGGCACGAGGAAUGAAUUUGAACCAUAGCCAGUCGAAUCAAGUACUGAUUUUUUUUUAAAUUUAGUUUGGGAUUGUUUGAGAUUAAAAUUGACAGUUACAUACAAGUGAACAUGUGUCGAAUUGGGGAUGAGUUUGAUCGACUCUUCCCUCAACCAUAACUACACGUCUGAUUUGGAUAAAGCAAAUGACUUAAAUUAUUAUCAACCAAAAAAGGUCAUAGAUCAGCAGUCCCCACGACUCAAGUUUAGUACAACAAUAGUUUCCAACAUGCAAAACAUAUCCCUAAACAUGUCUUUAAAAAGCAUGCAGGCAAAAUAUGCACAAGUUAUAACUAGACAAAUAGGAGACGAAGUUUAUACAGUUAUGGAUUUGGGAAAAACUGCCAUCCAAAAAGAAUUUGGAAACAAAAAGACGGGAUAAAUGAUGUGGGUAAAUGGCAAAACCAACAUCAAAACAUUUUAUCAAAAUUAAAUGUGUAAAUGGAGUUGAACAUGA